CUCCUCCUUCCUCGUUCUCGGGCGCUGGCUCCCCUGGCCCGGCAGUCCUACAGCCCAGCACAGGCCAGCGCACGCACUGCCCUGUGCCCACCACAGCUCGAACCUGGUCCAGGCUGGGAGUGGAGGGGACAGUGGGGAUCGGGAACUCACUCUGGCCCCAGCGAGCCCGCGUGUCUGGAGGACAACCUAGAGGACAUGGAGGAGAGACCCACAGAGACCAACAGCAGCGUGGACAGUUCAGCACCGCCAUCCGUGGCGCAGCUGGCUGGUCGGUUUCAGGAACAGGCAGCUGCGGCCAAGGAGACACCAGCCAGUAAACCAGCAAGAAGGAAACCACCCUGCUCCCUCCCUCUGUUCCCCCCUAAGGUAGAGCUGGGCCAGAAUGGUGAGGAGAAAUCAUCACCCAAUGCCAGCCACCCUCCUAAAAUCAAGGUGAAGAGCUCACCUCUGAUUGAAAAGCUCCAGGCCAAUUUAACCUUUGAUCCAGCAGUUCUGCUGCCUGGAGCUUCACCCAAGAGUCCUGGACUCAAGGCCAUGGUCUCACCAUUUCAUAGCCCCCCUUCCACGCCCAGCAGCCCUGGCAUGAAGUCUCGGCCUGGAGAAGCAGAGGAGGUGCCUAUCAGCUUCGACCAGCCUCCUGAAGGUACUCAUCUGCCCUGUUACAAUAAGGUGCGGACAAGAGGAUCCAUAAAAAGACGUCCACCCUCUAGGCGAUUCCGAAGGUCUCAGUCAGACUGUGGAGAUCUUGGAGAUUUUAGGGCUGUGGAGCCAUCUCAGGAGAAUGGUGCAAGGGAAGAGAACGGGGAUGAAGUGUUUACAACCAAGAGUAAGGCCCCAAGGUCUCCCUCUGCCAGUGAGGGGUCCAUGGGAGAGGGAGCUAGUAGAAGCCAGGUGUCUGAAGGAAAGCCCCCUCUGAGGAGGACAUCUAGCAGGAUGGAGAAACAGGAGAAGGCUGGGGCCCCAGAAGAGACAAAACAGAAUGAGGAGGCUGGGCAGAAUCCAGAUGAUACCAGCAAGUGCCCAGCCCAGAAAGAGGGCUUAGAGCCAUCCCACACCUCCAGCCUUCAGACAGAGAAUGGAUAUGGGAGUCCCAUGGCAGAAAAAGCAUCUGGAGAAGAACUGGAGACCAGAAAGUCUACAGAGGAACAGGGGGAGAAGGUGGGAAAUGAUGGGGACAGGCCCAGAGAGAAGGUCCAAGAUGCAAAGAAGCUGGAGGAGGAAGCUAAAGGGGAAAAGACCCUCCAAAAUCCUUCUGGAGGAAAGGGAGACAGCAAUGUUUCUGAGCAGGAGGAACAAGGCAAGGAAAAUCAAGAUGAAAGAGCAGGUCUGGAAGCAGGCUGCAGCAGCAGAGCUGGCUAUGUAACACUGGAGACCAGCAAUGAGCUCCAGAAUACACAAGCAGUCCCCACGAAUGACCCCCCUGUUGAGGAUACUGAAAUGUGAAAAGAGCUCCUGGUACCCCAGUGAAGAAGCUGCUGGUGACAUCUCUUUGGAAGUGGCAGCAGCAGCAAAUGAAGCCAUUGCAGAAGCUGAAUAUGCUGGGUGUUUGGAGUCAGUCUGGGAUACCAGGUGGAUUGUUUCCUGGCCUCCAUACUCAAGUGCUCCAUCACAGAGAGACUGGAUCCCAGGACAGCAGACUUUCAUCAGCUUGAAUUGAUAUCUUUGAUGGACUUGAUUUAAAAAAAACAAUAAUAACAAAAAAAACUUGUUGAAAACAAUUUACCGUGGUGCCUAGUCCCCAGGGAUACUGGUCAGCCUGUGGGACUGCCACACUCUCCAUCCCUGCCUCUCCCUGCAGCUGAGCUCUUGUUUAGCUUAGCAGAUGUUGCCUGUGUACAAUUAUAGCCUUUAUUAUAUUGUCCUAAAAUGGUUGUGGCUGCAAAUGUAAGGGGAAAAAAACAACAGCUAAUUUUAAGUGGAUGAAAACCAAAGAAAAUAGUCUUGCUGAAGAUAUAAAUUUUAUUUUAUAGAAGACGUUAUAUUGCAUCAAGACCUUAGAGUCAGUCUUGUAGCUUACUCCAAAUGGGAGCUGGGCAACCAAUUUUGGAAACAUUGAACUGCAAGAGAUAAUUACUGAAACCUUUU